AUAAAAUUGUCUAAUCUGUCUUUCGCUCGCCUGAACCCUGUUUCUCUGAAACGUAUUCAAACAUAUCGUGCAGAGAUGGAUAUUCUGACAGUGUUGCCGUCCAGUUUUGGAUAUGUCAUAUUUACCUACCUGUACAGCUGGAUUAUGCUGGGCUAUUUAGCAGUUAAGGUUGGGGCUGCAAGGAAGAAGUACGAUGUCAAGUAUCCCACUAUGUACAGUGACAAGGAGCAAGUGUUCAACUGUAUCCAGAGGGCACAUCAGAACACCCUGGAGGUGUACCCACAGUGGCUUGUGUUCCAGACCAUUGCAGCUCUUGUCUACCCGUUAUCAGCCUCAGUGCUCGGGGCAAUUUGGGUGACCAGCAAGUUUUCAUAUGCCUGGGGGUACUACACAGGAGAUCCAGCCAAAAGGAUGAAUGGUGUCUAUGGCUACAUUGGAUACUUCGGUGUCAUCAUUCUUUCUAUAUCUGUUGCCCUGCAGUUGCUUGGAUUCUUUUAAGGAAUUACCACAUUGUAUUUCCUACAUCUGUCUAAAGAGUUCACUCAUUUCUACAGGCUCGCAUUAUAUUCUUCAGAUGCAAAACUCUAAUCUGUUGUUAAAUACUUGCCAUUUAUACACAUUAUAAUGUUAACAUCAUUUUAUGGCACACUAACUGGAUAUGUAUUUUUUUUGUCAAUGGUUUGUCCAUUUUUUAAAUCAACAAUAAAGAAGAUACCACAUUCCCCAGAUACAGUUGGUUGCCUAUAUUACUAAAAGGGUCAACAACAGGCAUCAAGGCUCAGUGUGAGUCACAUGAUGUUUCAGGUGCAAAUCUCCAAUGAAAGCACAAAGCAAAUGGUACAAAAAGCCUUUCUGAAGGAUGUAUGAAAAAACAACAAUAGAUCAUUGCAAAUGUUGAAUUGUUUAUUUUAGAAGGUUAUUGAAUCAAAUAUAACACUUUUCUCAAAGUUUUUCCAUAAAAAAAUGUUUUUUAAACAAUUGUUUAGUUGCUCUGUAUCCACACUGAAUCAUCAAUGUGAAUUGGCCUGUAGGCUGCAUAACAUAAUAUAUAAACAUGUAGAUUUUAAGUCUUUUAAAGAUUUGAUAUAUUGUCCUUAUUUUCUUAGUGUAAGACAAUUUACAGUGUGCCUUGGCUUCAGAAAUCAAUAAUAAAAGUGAAUGGUCCCAUUCUG